CCCUACUUUGAAGGUAAUGUACUGUAAGUCAUGAUUUGAGUCAAAGCUUGAGAAUAAUUGCAAUUCAAAUUAUUGAAAUAUUACUGCCAUGUUGAUAAAAACAUAAAUGAUCACAUUCUUAAUUUUUCCAAAUUUAGAUAAAAUGUCAGAUCAAAUCUAAGGUGUAUGACUAUAGCUGUUGUAAGGGUGAAGUCUGACUGGCUUGCGGUAAAUACUGAGAAAUAUCUCGAGUUUUUGCUUAUACUGUAUACAGGUGUACAUGCCAAUAUUAGAUUUUCUGUUUGGAUGAAUAAAUAAAAAACUGUCUGAAGCAGAAUUCACACAUUCACCUUCAUAUGUGAAGACAAUUAUUCUGUAUUGUUAAUUAUGCAUUUGUGAACACUUCCUGUUCGAUGUGUGAGGAAGUGACAAUUUCACACCACAAUGCACAUUCCUCCUGCAGCUUCAGUGAUCAGAUGAGACCAUGAAGCUGUUUGGACUGUAUUUCUCUUCUGUGUGGAUGUUGUGCUGCUGCUGCUGUCUUGUGUAUGGCAGAGGUCAUGGUUUGUGUAUUAAAGAAAAGCGCAUUACAAAAAUCUAUUUAACCACAGAACUGCAAUCUAAAGUCCUGCUGCCGUGCCUUUUUGAACCAGCUCUCUUUGGAUCAGACCUGACCAUGAAUUCAAGUGCUGUGUGGACUCAGAUUAAUAAUGAAAUGGUUGACUACAUUUUAGAGAUCAUAGUAAAUGGUCAGAUAAGCUUCUGGAAUAACAGACACAAUAGAAUUAAUGGAUUCUGUGAUGCUGCUGCCUCUGAAAACUUCUCCAUCCUGAUUAGAGAUGUGCGGCUCUCUGAUCUGGGUCUCUACCGCUGUCAACUGUACAGAGACUUCAACUGUUCUCUGGGCUAUAAAGAGAUAGAAAUCAGUCUGGCUGCUGUCGAGUUUUCACUGCUCAGUAACUGGCAGCUCAUAGCUGCAGGAGGAGGAGGAGGAUUUCUGCUGCUCUGUCUGAUCUCUGUGUGUGUUUACUAUACAUGGACAAAACGUCCAGCAGUUGAUGCGAUGACCUACACAACAGUUGUCUUUAAGGCACUGCCAUGAAUGCAAGGGUACAUUGACAUCAUAAUCAAAGACAUUCAUACAGCAGCCUGUAUGACAAAAUAAACUCUUGACUUGACUCUUUACUAGAUACACCUUUAUAACAUGACUGUGUGGGCGGCCAGACUAUAUUUCUUAACACAUUUUUAUU